CCUGGCAACGACACCUCGUCUGAGGUUGUUCCAACAGAACUUUUUAACGGGGCAGGGUCGUCUGUGUCUCAAUCUCAAAUCCCUAAAACUGGUUGGAUGGCAGCUUCCAAGCACAGAUCUAGGCUUGAGCAUGGGACAUCUAGUGACAAUUUGUCUACAUCAACUUCUGGAAAUCAGCCGUGGUUUUGGUUCCCUACUCCUGACAGUAGUUGGGGCGUACCAGAUCUUCUUGGACGUAAUAGCGGUUUGAAGGAUGAACUUCCAUGGAAGAUCGAAGCUUCAGUCCUUUAUUCAGCCCGUGCACACCCUGGGGCUCUGCGGUCAUUAGAAGUCCAUGAUGAUGAGUGCACGAUUUUUACUGGGGGAGUUGGACCUGGUUUUAAAGGAAGUGUACAGCGUUGGGAGUUGGCCAACAUGAAUUGCACAUCUGGAUAUUACGGGCAUGAAGAGGUUGUCAAUUCCAUCUGUAUCCUGUCAAUUACUGGAAAAGUAGCUUCUUGUGAUGGCACGAUUCAUAUUUGGAAUGGGCAGACAGGAAAGCUCAUAGCAGCUCAUACCGAGUCCUCAACAAGCUUUCCGCUGCAAACUGCAUCUGUUGAACAGGCAAACAUGCUUAAUCAGGACGCGCUCUCAGGUGGAAUACUGUCGAAUGCAUUUCGUGGUAGCUUGUAUACGACCAUGCAUUACAUGGCAUCUGAAGAUAAACUUGUUGCUGGCAUGGGAAAUGGAUCUAUCAGAUUUAUUGAUAUCUCUCGGGAUCAGAAGCUGCAUUUAUGGAAGAGUGAUUCGGCUGAAAUCUCCUUCUCAUCACUCGUGUCAGCUAUUUGCUCGUCUGGCUCAAACAAGCCGAGGAAUGGAAGCCUAGUGGCUUCAUCAUCCUGGAUUGCAGCAGGUCUAAGCUCUGGUUAUUGUCGAUUACUUGAUGAGCGUAGUGGAAAAAUCAUUGCAGUUUGGCGAGCACAUGAUGGUCACAUUACGAAGAUGGCAUCACCAGAGGACCACUUGAUUGCUUCUAGCUCCCUUGACAAGACACUUCGAAUUUGGGAUCUAAGAAGGAACCUAUCAGUCCAGUCAAACGUUUUCAGAAGCCAUUCAGAUGGCAUCUUUGACUUCUCUGUUUGGGGUCAAGACCUGGUUUCAGUGUCAAGAAACAAAAUUGCACUUACUUCCCUAUCGAGACCAACAAGUGAGAUCGGAAAUCAGCAGCUCGUACUUCAGAACUUAUAUUCGUCUGACAGAGGAGUUAAAUAUAAAAACAUGUCUGUUCUUUCGGCUAUUUCUGUGCUUCCUUUGUCAAGAUUGUUUGUCGUUGGAACAGAAGAUGGUUUUCUCAAAAUCUGCCAUUAGAUGUUUCCAGUAGUGGUAUAAGAAAGUAAAUGCCGCGUACAUACUUUGACAAAACAGUCGUGGAAACGCAACCGAAUGACGGCAGCGGCGACACCAGACAGCAGUGACUGCCUGCUGAACCAGGUUCUCUGCCAAUGGGCAGCUCUUACUGUAGAAUCGGACUUUCAGGCCGGCGCCUACAGCGGCAAUGUGGAGAAGGGCAAGGGCGGCGACUGCCGAGGUGACGAGCAGGCACUUCAUUUUUUUUCAUUUUUUUUGCGAAAAGAGCAGGCACUUUUCAGUUGCUUGUGUCUCUUCUUGGUCCCAGUUGUAGGUCUCAUGGGUUUAUAUAGCAGACUAGAUCUCAUGAACUUCAGUUGCUUGUGUCUCUUCUUGAUCCUAUUCCUAUAUCUCAUGGGUUUAUAUAGCGGACUAGAGUGGUUUUGCGCUCGAAAUGGAAGGGCAUGUUUGUCAACAGGGGUGUAAAAGCUCGGUGCUGCACAAGUGGUGUCAUUUGCUUGCGCUUUUCUA